UACUCGAUCGUUCUUCUUCUUUGAGCUAGAACGCUCUUUAUCUGGGAUCCUCCAGUGGAGGAAAGUUGAUCGUUCCAUACGCAUUGUAAUGACUAGAAGGAAUGUAAGUGGAAAUGCCAACGCCAGUGGCUCCAAAUCUUUAGGGCUCAAUAGCGAUGGACCGCCCUCAUCCUUGGCGCCGCUCCACAAGCUCUUCUUCUUUGCCGAUCGAUGCGACCACUUGCUCAUGGCGCUGGGAUCGCUCGGCGCCAUCGCGCACGGCCUGGCGCUGCCGAUUUUCUUCUUCUCCUUCGGACGAUUGGCUCAUGUUCUUGGAUCGGACAAGGAUCUUCGGCACAUGUAUCACAGCGUGUCCAAGGUGGCAUUGGAUUUCUUGUAUCUGGGAUUGAUCCUCUUUGGCGCGUCUUGGCUAGAGGUUGCGUGCUGGAUCCAGACCGGAGAGCGGCAAUGCAGGAAGAUCAGGAUCAGCUACUUGGAGGCAAUCCUGCGGCACGAUAUCUCGUUCUUCGAUCGCGACGACGCGAGGACUGGGGAGCUCGUUAGCAGCAUUUCCUCCAACACUUUGCUCAUCCAGCAGGCUAUAAGCGAGAAAAUGGGAGUCCUCAUCCAUCACGUUUCCACGUUUUUUGGAGGCAUCGCAUUGGGAUUUGCAACUGUGUGGCAGCUCGGACUUUUGACGCUGGCAACCGUACCGGUGGUCAUUCUAGCUGGAGGUCUCUACGCUCAUGUCAUCACUGGCGUUUCAUCGAAGACCCAGAAGGAAUACGACAAAGCGGGAAACAUCGUUGAAGGAGCAAUUUCUCAAAUUCGGACAGUCUAUUCGUUUGUUGGCGAGCAAAAAACGAUCAGUCUGUACACCGCUGCCCUCGGUUCUACGCUACGUCUGGGAUAUAGAGCCGGACUUGUCAAAGGGAUUGGAAUGGGAGCAAUGUAUGCAUUGCCCUUGUGUUCUUGGGCCUUACUGAUGUGGUACGGUGGCAUUCUCGUAAGAAACCGCACGACAAACGGUGGAAAAGCUCUAUCUACAAUAUUUUGCGUGCUCUUAGGUGCCUUUGCUCUCGGACAGACUGCUCCGACCAUUGCUGCUAUAUCGAAUGCAAGAGCCGCUGCGUUCAAAAUUCUGGAAACUUUAGACAACAAGAAUACGAUCACUAACUGUGAAGAGUCAACGGAAUUUUGUCUUCAACACGUCCGUGGAGAGCUUGAGCUGAAUAAAGUUACCUUCAACUAUCCCUCCAGGCCAGAUGCUCGAGUUCUUCACGACCUGUCCGGGAAGAGCACGAUAAUAUCUCUCAUUGAAAGGUUUUACGACCCAAGUUCAGGAGAAAUUCUCUUGGAUGGUUACAACACCAAAUCUCUACAAUUAAAAUGGCUCCGGUCACAGAUUGGUCUCGUUAACCAAGAACCAGCUUUGUUCGCUACCACCAUCGCGCAAAACAUACUUUACGGCAAAGAUGAUGCGAACAUGGAGGAGAUAAAGCUAGCUGCCAGGACUUCAAAUGCGCACGAUUUUAUAAAUCAGCUUCCUCAAGGCUACGAAACACAGGUUGGUUCAAGAGGCUUACAACUUUCUGGAGGCCAAAAGCAGAGGAUAGCCAUAGCUAGAGCAUUGGUCAGAAAUCCAGCGAUACUGUUGUUGGAUGAGGCAACCAGUGCUUUAGAUGCUGAGUCCGAGAAUGUGGUACAAGACGCAGUCGACAAAAUCAUGGUGGCAAGAACGACAGUUAUUAUAGCGCACAGGUUGUGUACUCUCAAAGGCACAGAUUCCAUUGCUGUGCUUCAAAAUGGAAGGCUUGUGGAAACCGGAUCGCACCAACAGCUUAUUGCCGACGAAAAAUCUCUAUAUUCGGGACUCGUUCGGCUUGAGGAAGCCAGAACAACGGAAGCUACCUCAAGGCUUUCUAAUUGCUCCUCGAGCAGCUUUCGUAGGUUGUCGAGUGUGGAUGAUCUAAAUUCCAGCACCGGUGGCAGCUUCAGAUUGUCAAAACUGAACGGUCUAAGUUUUACCUCAAGGGAAGACGAGGAAAAUGUCGAGGCUGAUGAUGUUCUGAAGAAGUUCGUGACAAUCAACUUACCAGAUUUGCCGUUCUUGGUUCUUGGUACGAUUGGAGCUGUGUGUUCGGGCCUUCCUAAUCCGGCGUACUCAUUCCUCGUCUCCAAAAUUCUCGACGUCUACUACUAUCAGGACUUCGAAGAAAUGAAACGGCACACAGCAAAGUACAGCGUGGUCUUCGUCAUGGUUGCUGUGGGGGCAUUUGUUGCCUUUUUUGUACAGUACUACUCAUUCGGGAUUGCUGGGGAAAACUUGACGAUGCGCGUAAGAAAAAUGAUGCUAUCGGGUAUUUUACGCAAUGAGAUAAGCUGGUUUGAUCGAGAAGAGCAUUCAAGCAGCCAGCUUGCCUCUCGUUUGGCUUCUGAUGCCGUGUACAUGAAAUCUGCAAGUGGAGAUAUACUAGGUUCAAUGGUUCAAAACGUCGCUGUGAUAGUUGCUUCGUUCGCCAUAGCUUUUUUGGUGGAGUGGCGAGUAGCAAUUGUCGUGGCCGCAACUUUUCCGUUUAUUGUAUUGUCGACCUUUGCGCAGAAAUUGUUCCUUCAAGGAUUGGCUGGAGAUCUGGAAAGAUCUCAUUCUCGGGCAAGCAUGCUGGCCGGAGAUGCUGUGAGCAAUAUUCGAACUAUAGCAGCAUUCAACGCAGAAAAGAAACUCGUCAACUUAGUUACUUUGGAGCUUCAGACCCCGGCUAAACGCAGCUUGUUUCAUGGAAGCAUUGUGGGACUCGGCUAUGGAUUCUCGACUCUGUCUCUGUUCGGGUCCUAUGGUCUCGGCCUUUGGUACGGUGCCGUCCUCGUCAAAGCAAGCAAAUCAAGCCCCGCAAACGUUCUGCAAGCUUUUCUCGUCCUCGUCAUGGCGGCAUUUCCCAUCGCAGACAGUCUAGCAAUGCUUCCGGACAUUUCCAAGACGGCAAAGUCAUUCAAAUCAGUGUUUGAGCUGCUGGACAGAGCAACGGAAAUGGAUUUGGACGGUCCAACGUCACAAAAGCUCAUUAAACUCCGCGGUGAUAUAGAACUCCGAGACAUUCACUUUGCAUAUCCGUCGAGACCCGAGGUAGCUAUCUUUGCUGGUCUGAACUUGAAGAUUCGAGCUGGACGGAGUUUGGCUUUGGUCGGUCCCAGCGGCUCCGGGAAGAGCUCGGUUAUUGCAUUGGUGGAAAGGUUCUAUGAUCCUUUCAAGGGGAUGGUUCUCGUGGACGGCAGAGAUGUCAAAAAGCUCAACGUCAAGGCGUACAGGCGUCAUGUUGGUCUAGUGCAACAAGAACCAGCUCUUUUUGGAACGAGCAUUUGCGAGAACAUCGCCUACGGAAAAGAGAGUGCUUCGGAAGCUGAGAUUGUGGCUGCUGCAAAGGCGGCGAACGCCCACGAGUUUAUUAGCAGCCUUCCCGAUGGAUACGCUACAAACGUUGGUGAGCGAGGUGUCCAACUUUCAGGUGGUCAGAAGCAGCGGGUAGCAAUUGCACGAGCCGUUCUCAAAAAUCCUGCAAUACUAUUGCUGGACGAAGCCACGAGUGCUCUAGACGCCGAGUCUGAGAGAACUGUCCAGGAAGCUCUUGAGCGGCUGAUGGAGGAGAGAACGACAGUGGUUGUGGCACACAGGCUAUCUACGAUUUGCAGUGCCGACCAGAUUGCCGUGCUGCAUGACGGUGAGAUUGUGGAGCAGGGAAGGCACUCGGAGCUCGUAGCCAAGCGAGGAGCCUACGCUCAGCUCAUCAAGCUCCAGUCAUCGUCAUAAAGUAGAGACAACAGCUGAACUACCACAGUGUCGUCAGGCCCUUCAGCUGGAUCGACAAACAGAAGAAGAAGAACCAAGAGCGCGGAAAGAAAUGAGAGAGAUUGUCCACGUACAGGGUGGCCAGUGUGGCAACCAGAUUGGCGCCGGAAGUGAUAUGUGACGAGCAUGGGAUCGAGCCCACGGGAGCUUAUCGAAUUCGAAUACUUCACAGGAUAUUACAGGACCGGGAAGAAGAACUACACCAUCAACACCCUCGAAGAGGCUCACGGGUCACCAAGAGCGGUCCGCAUUUACAUCUACAAAGACCUCGUAAGGGGCAAUGAAAUCUUCCUUCGCUGCUGUCUCAACUGGCGGUUGAGGUCAUCAAGAAUGUAUGUUGAUGGCCUGAUCUUGUCCCUCCUCUGGAUAUUUAAGCCAAUGAUGUUAAUCGAUUCGUCAA